AUGAAGAUCUGUUCAAAUGACUCGUGUAAGCGCCGAGAACUAUUUGGCGGAAUCCAUGGGCGGUGAUACGAGCUCCGAUGUAAAAUCGACGUGUGUGGUUGGGAACAGAGAGGAGGAGAGGAAGGGGGAAGCCGUGAUGAACGGUGGUGGGGAGCGUGAAAAUGGGAUGAGGAAAGGAGAAGGAGAGAAGUUUGUGUUUCGGGCUUCGGCUCCGGCGCACAGGAGAGUUAAGGAGAGCCCUCUGAGUUCUGAUGCCAUUUUUUCUCAGAGCCAUGCAGGUCUAUUCAAUCUCUGUAUAGUUGUUCUUGUUGCCGUAAACAGCAGGCUUAUUAUUGAGAACUUGAUGAAGUAUGGUCUACUGAUAAGAGCAGGAUUUUGGUUCAGUCCCAGGUCACUGAAAGAUUGGCCACUGCUUAUGUGUUGCCUGACUCUACAUUGUUUUCCUCUUGCUGCAUAUGUGGUUGAAAAGCUGGCUUGGAACGAACUUCUAUCCGGACCCGUACUUCUCAUUCUGCAUGUAAUUCUUGUCAUGACAGAAAUCUCGUAUCCUGUUUUUGUAAUUGUUAGGUGUGAUUCAGCAGUUUUAUCUGGUCUUGCUUUAAUGCUCAUUGCAAGCAUUAUUUGGUUAAAGCUGAUUUCUUAUAUGCACACAAAUUAUGAUUUAAGGGCUUUGCGCCACCAUAUUGCUAAGGGCGAAAUUUCGUCAGAUUGCCUAAACUUCAAUUAUCAAGAUGGUGUCAGCUUUAAAAACUUGUUGUACUUCAUGGUGGCUCCGACUCUUUGUUACCAGCCAAGCUAUCCCCGCACACCUUGCAUUAGAAGAGGUUGGGUGAUUCGUCAAAUUAUUAAGUUGGUAAUUUUUACAGGAUUUAUGGGAUUCAUUAUUGAGCAGUACAUCAAUCCAAUUGUCAAGAAUUCUGUACACCCACUUAAGGGGAAUUUUCUUAAUGCUAUUGAGAGAGUCUUGAAGCUAUCAGUUCCUACCUUGUACGUGUGGCUUUGCAUGUUCUAUUGCUUUUUCCAUUUAUGGUUAAACAUUCUUGCAGAGCUCCUUCGCUUUGGUGAUCGUGAGUUCUAUAAAGAUUGGUGGAAUGCAAAGACUAUUGAAGAGUACUGGAGAAUGUGGAACAUGCCUGUCCACAAGUGGAUGGUUCGUCAUAUAUAUUUUCCCUGCAUAAGGAAUGGCCUUUCAAAGGGAGUUGCUAUUCUGAUUUCAUUCUUAAUUUCCGCUUUGUUUCACGAGUUAUGCAUUGGAGUCCCUUGCCAUACAUUUAAGUUCUGGGCUUUCAUAGGGAUACUCUUUCAGGUUCCCUUGGGCAUUUUAACACGCUAUCUACAGGAGAAAUUUAAGAGUUCAAUGGUGGGAAAUAUGAUAUUCUGGGUCUUCUUCUGCAUCCUCGGCCAGCCCAUGUGCGUGCUCCUGUACUACCACGAUGUGAUGAACAGAAGAGUGAGAACGGAGUGAUUGAAGUUUACAGCCACAGCAGAACACAGCAGGCAAGUUCCUUCUCUUUUACUGCUUCAUUCCAUAUAUUGGGAAAAUGCUCAAUUCCUACAAAACCAUUUUUUAGCUAUGUAAAUAAAGUGGAAACCUAACGGAAGAGAUCACAAGAAAAUAAAUUUUGGUUUAUAUGCAUAUAGAAAAAGAUUGGUUUUUGU